AUGGAGGAUCAUACAAUGGAGUCAGAAUCUCAUCAUGCAGAUAGCGAUUUCGCACAUUCGCCCUGGGUGGAACUUGGUGCUUUUGUGACGCCCCAAAACUCGCCUCCCAUGCCCGAGUAUAGUGGCUUCGACUAUGGCCCGUCAAUGAUGGCUGUGGAUGCUUCCUACGGCAUAUCGCUACCGCCACCCUAUACCUCCAUGCCACUCCCCAUGCCCUCGCAAACUUGGCCAAGUAUGCUCACUACUCAUGCACCGUUUCCUGAUGGACUUUCUGCUCCACCCAUACCAACUUCGAUCUCGCCUACCGCCCCGCCAUCUCGCAGGCAUUCCUCUGGAUCUACACCUCGCAGGACUUUGACCGAUGAUGAUCGUCGACAGAUGUGUUUAUACCAUGAAGAACACAAAACAGCAAAGCAGACUGAUAUUGGAGCCCUAUUUGGAGUAGAAAGAAGCACGGUCUCCAAGGUCUUACGCCAGAAAGAAAAAUAUCUCAACCCGGAUGAUGGAAGUCGAUCACCCAUCAAAAGGACCAAGGGCCGAGUGCCCGAUAUUGAGAAAGCCCUAUCAAAUUGGGCGAGGAAUUUCCUGCGCCAUGGCUUCACAUUGAGUGAUGAGAUGAUCCAGGAGAAAGCAGCUUUCUUUGCUUCGACUUGUGGUCGAGAGGACAAGGAAAAGGUGCUCACUUCAGCUUGGCUGGAGAGAUUCAAGAAAAAGAAUAGUCUUCUCAGUGCACGGCCACGAAAGAGUUCUAUCGACGUGCGAAGCGGGUCCAACAGCCCAACUAUCAACACCGACUCUGCCAUCCAUUCCGCUGUUCAAAGCCCAAUUGGACCAUCUCCCUCCUCUCCCCAUAAUGGAUUUGGCUCCCCAUUCUCCCCAGUGCAAAGCCACGAAGGCAUCAAGAGGGAGACUGGAGAUGGCGUCCCCGAGCUGACGGGCGGCUACCAGCACAACGGCACAGCCAUGCUGGAUACCUCCUCAGUAAUGACCAGUCCUACGUCAACUUUAGUCUCGGAUAGCCCCUUCACCCCAACAAGCCAAUCCCGCAUCCCUUACUCAGGGGGCGGCUUCAACCGACCACGCAGCCAAACCUUCCCACUCGUGCCCAUCGACCCAAGCCUACUGACGGCCGACGAAUCCAUGGACCAAAAGCCCAAGGUCGAGUCCCACUCCGUUGCCAUUCUCGAGUCUCCACUAGAGCUAGACGAUGAAGAGACCCAGGCCGCAUUCAAGGGCUCAGACCCACACAAUGUGAUCAAGCGCAAUCGCAGCAACCCCGAGAUCAAGACCAGAUCCAUGCAGCCUCCACCGCCCGUCUCUAGGUCUACCACCGUUUCUCCCAUCAGUGGUCCAGGUUCUCCGACUCAAGAUGAAGCUAGACGAGCACUGGAGCUAGUCAUGAACUACUUCCAGCAUCAGCCAGCUGGACUUGCCGCACAGGAGUAUGUCACUAUCGGAAAGCUCAUGGAACGCCUCGAUCUAGCUAAAAGUCAAUCGCUCUUCGGCGGUCUUUCGCGGAUUGACGAGCACGAAGAUGCUCCUCGUGUACGCAAAAAGCGGAGCAUCCAAAACCUUGGAUGA